AGACCUCGAGGGUUUCGAGGGAGGGAGCUUUGGGGGCGGGUUUCACGGGGACUGCCGCCCAUGUGCUCAGAGGUCAUCCGAUCCCGCUCUAGAAACUGGCCUGUUCAAGACCUGCGGGCAGAGGCAGGAGCCCAAAUUCUGGUAGCCGCUACAAUUUGGUGAGAACUCGAGCGACAGGCGCCCCUGGCGCAGGCACCCCACUAGCCCUAGAAGUCGAAGGCCUUGGAGACCAAUCUGAAUCUGGACAGGACACAGGGACAAUGUCUCAGCAGCUUCUGUACCGAGCUUUGGUGUCUGCUAAGUGGGUCUCUGAAGCGAUCAAGUCUUCUCAAGCUGGGCUGGCUGUACGGCUCCUGGAUGCGUCCUGGUACCUCCCCAAAAUGAAGCGCAACCCUCGGCAUGAGUUUGAGGAGCGCCACAUCCCUGGAGCCGUCUUCUUUGACGUGGAUCAGUGCAGUGAUCGCACUUCGCCUUAUGAUCACAUGUUACCCAGCGCAGGAGAUUUUGCAGAAUAUGUGGGCAAGUUAGGUGUGGGAAGCGACUCCCAUGUUGUGGUGUAUGACGCCAGUGAACAGGGCUUGUUCUCUGCCCCUCGUGUCUGGUGGAUGUUCCGAGCCUUUGGGCACGAUGCUGUUUCUCUCUUGGACGGUGGGCUGAAGAACUGGAUGCGGGAGGGCCUUCCGGUCACCUCCCAAAAGAGCAGACCUGUGCCUGCAGAAUUCCAUGCUACUCUGGACAAAUCACUAGUCAAGGUCCAUGAGGACAUUAUGGAGAACACUGAAUCAUGCCACUUCCAGCUUGUGGAUGCGCGGUCAGCAGGCCGGUUCCAAGGGACGGAGGAAGAGCCCCGGGAAGGAAUCAAACCUGGCCACAUCCCUGGCUCGGUGAAUAUCCCGUUCACUGACUUCCUUACUGAGGCUGGCAUGGAGAAGAGUCCGGAGGACAUCCACAGCUUAUUUCAGGAGAGGAAAGUGGAUCUCAAGAAGCCCCUUGUUGCCACUUGCGGCUCAGGAGUCACCGCUUGUCAUGUGGCACUGGCGGCAUAUCUCUGUGGCAAGCCUGACGUGGCCAUUUAUGACGGAGCUUGGGUGGAGUGGUUCAUGCGAGCACGGCCAGAACACAUCAUCUCAGAGGGAAGGUGCAAGAACCUUUGAGAGGCACCUUCCUGCCAUAAAGGGGGCAGAAAUGUUGCCUGAUAACAGGUCUUGGACUACAUUACUACAGUUGAGCAAAACAUCUUUGACAAUGGAUCUGCUGACAUUGGGUGUGUGUGGUCAUUUGCAUGUUUCAUUUGCAUGAGUAAUGCCUUUUUCCCCUCUCUACAGCACUGUGCUGUUGAUGGGAAGCAGUGGUUCUGGGAUGGUGGAUAAAAUUUCUGAUUGAACUUAG